AAGAUUUGUUAUCCUAUACUCCUAUAUCCUAUCUAUAUAUACCUAGUUGCUGUCAAAAUAAAUUUGAUAUAAUUCACUGUUUGCCAAUUCUAUAUCAAUUUUCAAUCGCAAGCCAUUGUGUAAUUGCCGCAAUCCCCAGUUUUCAAUCGCACCACCGUGUAACUGCCGCCGCAGUCACCAUGGGUUAUGAAGACAACCCUUAUCGUGAUGAGGAUGGUGAGCCAUUGAUGGAUUACGACGAUGUUCAAUCCGAUCGCGAGGCGACACCGGAGCCACAACAGCUCGACGAUUUCGAGGAAGACGUUGAUGAUUUUCCUAGUCGGGAUCGAUCACAGACUCCGGUUUACGACACGGAUCCAUCGAAAUCGAAGCCGAGGAAAAGACUGAUUAAGAAGAGUGAUACCGGGAAACAGUCGGUGGUGGCUCCGCCACCGGAGCUUGAGGAUGAGUUGGAGGAGGACCGUUUUCGGGCUAAUGAGGAGGAAGGGAGGAAGAGGAAGAAAGGGAAGGAUAUUGGAUCAGGGAAGAAGGAGAAGAGGCUGAAAGGGGAAAAGAGGGUUGGAAGUAGCAGCGGAAAGAGUGGGUCAAAAUCUGGGGGUUCGAAGAACGGGUUUGGUGGUAAAGGUGGGAAUGAUCAUGAUGGUGAAGUUAAGGAGAUGUGGGAUACAAUUGCCGGAGGAGAUUCUGAGGAUGAUCAAGAGGGUAACAGAAAUGUGGAUGAUGAUAACUUUAUAGAUGACACUGGAGUGGAACCUGCUUUGUAUGGUUACGAUGAGCCACGGUCUCCUGGUGAUGCUCCACAGGCAGAGGAAGGUGAUGAGGAGGAUGAAAUGAAGGAUCUUUUCAAGGUGGGUAAGAAAAAGAAGAAGAAUGAAAGGAGUCCUGCAGAAAUUUCUUUAUUAGUUGAGAAUGUCAUGGCUGAGCUCGAGCUUACAGCAGAAGAGGAUGCUGAGCUUAAUCGCCAUAACAAGCCCGCUAUCAAUAAACUCAGGAAGUUGCCUCUUCUUACAGAAGUCCUCUCAAAGAAACAACUUCAACUAGAGUUUUUAGAUCACGGAGUGCUAGCUUUAUUGAAGAAUUGGCUUGAGCCACUUCCUGAUGGAAGUCUGCCAAAUAUUAACAUAAGGACAGCAAUUUUGAAGAUUUUGAAUGAUUUUCCUAUAGACCUAGAGCAGUAUGAUAGAAGAGAACAGCUGAAGAAAAGUGGUCUUGGAAAGGUUAUUAUGUUUUUAUCAAGGUCUGAUGAAGAAAUCAAUCUAAAUAGGAAAUUAGCCAAGGAAUUGGUUGAUAAAUGGAGCCGACCUAUAUUUAAUAAGAGUACUCGGUUUGAAGACAUGCGAAAUAGUGAGGAUGAUAGGGUUCCUUACAGGAGGCCAUCGGUUAAAAAGCCAGCAAAUAAAGCUGCAGGGAUGGCAUCUAGAGAUGGUGAUCUUGAUUUGGAUCUUUCACAGCCUAGGUCUGGACAGUCGUCUGCCAGACAACUUACAUCAAGGCCAGAAGCAACACCUUUGGAUUUUGUGAUCCGCCCGCAAUCUAAAAUUGAUCCUGAUGAAAUUAGAGCACGUGCAAAACAAUGUUCACAAGACCAGCAUCGCAUGAAGAUGAAUAAGAAAUUGCAGCAGUUGAGAGCUCCAAAAAAGAAGCAGCUUCAGGCUACAAAGCUGAGUGUGGAAGGUCGUGGUAUGGUCAAAUACCUAUGAAUGAGACUUGGAGGGAUCAAAUUACAAGUGGAUCAAUGGAUUGUAAUUGUUUGAUGUAAAAUGGAUCAAUGGAUUAAAUUGAGUGUAAUACUUACGCUUGAAAUUAAUAAUUUUAUUUUUAAUUCAGAAAUUUAAGUAA